AUGGAUGAGACCGUCAAGCAGCACUACCUGGCAGAUUCGCCCCCUUCGGUGGUUAAGCUUGAAAUCAAGCACCACUUCGAUGCCCUCAAGGAUGAAAAUCUGAGGAAGUACGCUCACUACAUGAGCCGGGCGGCUUUCGAAGGAACUCGUAUUACUUUGCGCCAGGUGUCUCCAGAGUCUGAGCCUAUCUAUGACUUCAUCCUUAGUCUCUACCGUGCCGCCGAUGGCGAUUGGAACGGUCUGGCCAAGAAGACUCAGGUCUCUGAGGAGCAUCUCAAAUUCUUUCUUGAAUAUGCUGCUCAAUUCUUGGGUAAUUGUGGCAACUACAAGGGAUUUGGCGAUUCGAAAUUCAUCCCUCGCUUGCCAGCCUCUGCUCUUGAGGCACUGGCAUCCAUAACUCCGGAAACACAGGAGGCGUUCCAGAAGGCAAAUACCACCGGAGGUGGGUUUUAUGAGACCAAUGAGCAGUCUCUGAUGCACCUGGGGUAUCCCGCCGAUGGACACACCACUACGUAUUAUCCAGACUCGCCUACUAUCACCAAAGAUGAGAUUACAGCCGUCGGCGACGUGAUGGAGGCAAAGGGACUGGCAUUGGAAAAUACUCGGCUGCGGAAAACAUCAUCGGGCGACUUUGAGCUGCUCAUAGCCUCCGGCAUUUCAAAACCCCCAGCCAGGGAUCGUGACCUCGGAGAAGAAAGUACCUUUGAGCUUGGCGGCGCCUUCAAAGGGAAGACCGUGCGUCUUGUUUUUGGAGAUUUUCAGGAGGAAAUGGCGAAAGUCGCCCAUAGCAUCAAGCAAGCUGAGAAGCAUGCGGCGAACGAGAAGCAAAAGCGCAUGCUCGAUGCGUAUGCCCGCUCUUUCGGCGCAGGUUCUAUCGAGGGCUUCAAAGAGAGCCAACGGAUCUGGGUUACCGACCAGAAGCCUGUUCUGGAGACGAACCUUGGGUUUGUGGAGACAUAUCGUGAUCCUCAUGGCGUGCGUGGAGAGUGGGAGGGGUUCGUAGCCCUGGUCAAUCUCGAACGAACUCGGGCGUUUGGUGCCUUAGUCGAUAGCGCCGAAAGCAUGAUUCCCAAGCUCCCUUGGAGCAAGGACUUUGAAAAGGACCAAUUUUUGAGCCCAGACUUCACUUCGCUGGAGGUUUUGAGCUUCGCCUGUUCGGGGCUCCCGGCUGGUAUCAAUUUACCAAACUACGAUGAUAUCCGCCAGAACUUAGGGUUCAAGAAUGUCUCACUUGGCAACGUGCUAAGUGCGAAGGCGCCUAACGAACCAAUCCCUUUCAUUACCGACGCAGACCAGGAUGUGUACCGCAAAUGUCGGGACCCCGCAUUCGAAGUUCAAGUCGGUAUCCAUGAGCUCCUCGGCCACGGCACCGGUAAAUUACUUCAAGAAACCUCCCCUGGUGAAUAUAACUUCGACGCUGCAAACCCGCCCAUUAGCCCAAUAACGAAUAAGCCCAUCUCGACUUGGUACAAGCCUGGCCAGACCUGGAGCUCUGUUUUUGGCGCGAUUGCAUCAUCUUACGAAGAAUGUCGCGCCGAAUGUGUGGCAAUGGCAUUAGGCUGCGAUUUCAGUAUCUUGAAGCUUUUUGGUCAUGGCGAUGGAACCCCGAACCUUGAUGGCGAAGCAGGAGAUGUGCUCUUUGUCUCCUACCUGCAAAUGGCUCGCGCUGGUCUGGUCGCUUUGGAAUUCUGGGACCCCAAAACUCAAAAGUGGGGCCAGGCGCAUAUGCAAGCCAGAUACAGUAUUCUUCGCACUUUCCUUGAAGCGGGAGAUGACUUUGUCAAGCUCUCAUACACCAAGGAAGACCUCUCAGACUUGGAAAUCAAGCUUGAUCGAUCCAAAAUCCUGAGCCAUGGACGCCCGGCCAUAGAGAAGUAUCUACAGAAGCUCCAUGUCUACAAGAGUACGGCCGACGUUCAAGCAGGGAAAGCCCUGUACGAUGGCAUUACCUCUGUUGAUGAGUGGUGGGGAGGUAAGGUUCGGGAGGUCGUUCUGAAGAACAAGGUCCCUCGCAAGGUUUUUGUCCAGGCCAAUACCAUUCUGAAAGGCGACCAAGUUGUUUUAAAGGAGUAUGAGCCUACUUUGGAGGGUAUCAUCCAGAGUUUUGCGGAGCGUAAUGUAUCAACCGCAGCUCUUGCGAUUGGAUCUGAUCCACCAGUGAACGUGUCUGAAGGAACACCCCCUCGACGACCGUCAAUCACGGCGCCAACGCUUCCAACCCCGACAGACUCCCUCGCGGAGGACGAUCACUUCCCAGCGCCCCCACCACACUCCCCAUCGGAAGCGUCUGCAUCUAGCUCUGUUGGCCCUCCUCCGUUCUCGUCACUUGACUUUGCUGCUAGCUUUGAAUCGCCUUCUGUAGAAGUUACGGGCUCUGUGUCAGCCCCUCUCCCGGCUUUUGUGCCACUGCCCGGUGAAGAGACAUUCGAUUCAAUCCCAGGAUCCUCCGUUGUUGCCGACACCAAAGCCUCAUUUUCCGGCAACAAGGCAGAAGCUGCGAAGAGCUCCGACGACGCAGAACCUCCACCUCCAUACACAGAAGGAUUCAGCCCUCUUGAAUCAUUUAGUUACGUGAUGGCUGCUGCUGGCGGUGCUUCGAGCAUCAUCACUCAGGUCCAGCAGACUGGCGGACCUCCGAUCAACACUUUAGGAGAUAUUGGGGGAGACGAACAUAUUACGCUGGACCUUCGGGGUACCCGAUUCACUCUAUCUCGAGAUGAAUUGUUGACAUUGCCGGAAUUUGUUCUGCUCUCCUUGUUUCCCAACGGGCUUCUUCCAGACGGGCACAUGGGAGGCUUCCACGAAGGGGAUAUAUACCCAGUUGAUUACGAUCCUGUCUCCCUCCAGUACAUGCUCGAUUUCUUUCGAUCCGUCGCUCAAUCCAUCCCAUCCUCCUUGCCUUCUGAAUCAACCUCUCCCGAGCUAGAAGUGCCAGAUGUAAUGCAGAACUCUGCACGGGAUAUGCUUCAAGAUCGGGCCGGGAUCAUUGUCCUGCGAGAAGACUUGGACUUUUACGCCAUACCACCCCGCCCAGACAUUGGUCACGAGGAGAUGCUUGAAGUGAAGCGGGCCGCUGGUCGAGCCCUCUUGAAACAAGACGGUAUCUUCUCUGGGCUCCGCAAGAGCGAAGAGACUGGGUCUACGGAACAACAUCUCAUCGAGAUGCUCACUGCUGGUGGGUUUGAUCGCGAUGACCAGUGGGGCCACCGUGCUCCAGAGCCCAGCAAGGCCGUGAUCUGCAGUCUUGCUUUGGCAAAACUUCGCACUGAUAUCCGUGGGGAUCUUUCAAACAACAACGCAGUUGGGAUGGCACAAAAGCUGCUGCUUUUCUGGAGGAAACCCGCCCGCCGCUGUUGGUGGGAAGGUGUUGACCUUACCGAUGUGGAAGGGGUGGAUGGACCCGUCAAAGUAUGGAUCCGAAGAGUCUGGACGCUGGAAAUGAGUGUGAUCGGACUGCGCUGA